AUGAACGUUGCUCUUGUAUUUGUGAAGCCUCAUGCUGUCAACGACAAAGUGCUUUCUCUCACAAGAUCGCAUCUUGAAGGGAAAGGUAUCAAGAUCUUGAAGCAAGGAGAGCUGACAGCUGAUGUCAUCAAGGCCAAGGGGAUCAUCGACGAUCACUAUGCUGCGUUGGCGGCCAAUGCUGUCAAGCUUCACCCGCGAGAGCUGCUCGUGUCUGCUGACAGGCAGGCGGACUUUGAGAAGGAGUUCGGCAAGAGCUGGACCCAGGCCUGCUCGGAUGGCUCCGUCAUGAACCUCGCGCAGUAUCAGGAGAAGAAUCCUUCCCUGGACGUGACCACCAUCGAGAGCAGAUGGAGGGCUGGCAAGACGUUCAAGCUCGCCCCUGGCAACUACGUCUCGCUCAUCUCCGACGAUGGCGCGAUAGUGGUCAACGGGUUCUACGGGAGCAUGAGGGAGAAGUUCACGGCCCCGGGCGCGCAGGUCAACUGGAUGCAAGUUGAGUUCGACGAGGCGAGCCUGUCCUGGAAGGCCUUCCGCAACGAAGUCAUCGGAGCGACUGACCCCAACGCUGCUGCCGGCGGGUCGUUGAGAAAGAGAGUCAUGGAGGACUGGCAGAGCCUCGGCCUUGCCUUCCAGCCUAACACGAGCGACAACUCGAUCCAUGCGAGCGCCGGGCCGUUGGAGGGACUGAGAGAGCGAGAGAUCUGGAUGCAGGUCAGCCUCGAAGAAGAUCCGUUUGGGAAGCAGCUCCUGUCCAAGGGAGUGAAGCUCGAGACGAUAAGGAGACUGUGUGGUAACGAAGUUGUGUCCCUGGGCGGCUCGUCUGGUCCAGCCUUCGACGUGUUCGAGGAGAUGGACUCCUCCAAGGCGAUAGAGCAUGUGCUGGAGCUGCAGAAGUCCUGGUGA